CACAGCUAAACUAACAUCCACAAAUCUACCAUGACGGCCACCACCAUGGCUGAGGAUCUGCUGCAGGUCGGGGCACUGGUCAAGGACCGCUGGGAAGUGGUUAAGAAGAUUGGAGGCGGAGGAUUUGGUGAGAUCUACGAGGGUCGUGACCUCCAGACCCAGGAGGCCGUGGCCCUGAAGCUGGAGUCGGCCAGUCAGCCCAAACAGGUGCUCAAGAUGGAGGUGGCUGUGCUCAAGAAACUGCAGGGAAAGGACCACGUGUGCCGGUUCAUCAGCUGCGGGAGGAACGAGCGCUUCAACUACGUGGUGAUGUCACUGCAGGGGCGGAACCUGGCCGAGCUGCGGCGUAGUCAGGUGCGUGGAACCUUCAGCAUCAGCACCACCCUCCGCCUCGGUGUACAGAUGCUCCGCGCCGUGCAGGCAGUACACGACGUCGGCUUCCUGCACAGGGACAUCAAACCUUCAAACUUCACGAUCGGCCGACUGCACCAAGAUGCCAGGAAGGUGUACCUCCUGGACUUUGGGCUGGCCAGACAGUAUACCAACUCAGCUGGGGAAGUCAGAACGCCUCGACCAGUGGCAGGUUUCAGGGGAACAGUGCGCUAUGCCUCCAUCAAUGCACACAAGAAUAUGGAAAUGGGUCGGCACGAUGACUUAUGGUCCUUACUGUACAUGCUGGUGGAGUUCGCCACGGGACACCUGCCCUGGAGGAAGAUUAAGGACAAGGAACAAGUAGGGCUGAUGAAGGAGAAAUGUGACCACAGAAUGCUUCUCAAGUCUCUGCCUUCGGAGUUUAAGCAGUUCCUGGAACAUGUCCAGGGCCUCAAGUAUUAUGACAAGCCAAAUUACCAGUUCCUGCAGGGUCUGAUAGAGGGCAUGAUUCAGAGGAAGAACAUCAAGGAAACGGACCCGUAUGACUGGGAGCGGGGCAGUGGGGACGGGUCCCUCACCACCACCACCACAUCCACCCCUCCUCACCACGGCAAGGAGACCCCAGGACUGGCAGGGAUCAUGGCUGCCACGCCCAUCACAGCAGACAUGCCGUGCGCGAAUACGGAGGAUGGAGAGCUGGAUGGGAACCUCAGCAUCCAGGACAACGUUCCUCCUCAGGCAGCUCGGCUGGACCGCGAGGUUGCGGACAUCAACCUCAACAUCAGGAAACCCCAGCUGGAGGUCCUCAACAAUGUGGGGCACGACCUCAACAGGGUCAACGGCGGCGUCCGGCCUGCGUUUGCGCCGGCCGGAGAUCCGGAAAAGGGAGAGCUGAUCCCCUCGCAGACGCCGAGCAACGACAGGGCCGAGGCGCAGCAGCCGCAGGUCAACGGCGACGUGAACAAGAACCUCGACAACACAGGCUUUGCCGUGGCCAACGGCGAGAUUACGGGUAGCACGUACGCAGGCGAACUCAGGGACGUACAUGUAGCGCAGGAGGCAAACCUGCAAGGAGAUAUCGGCGGGGAGAUUCCCGCUGGACUGUUGGAGCGGGCGGGAAGCACGGAGUUAGCACAGCAGGGACAUGUGGUUGAUAAUAAUGUUGUUGCAGGAGCCGCAGGCUUCAGUCAGAAUGUGGUGCUGGACGGAGAGGCGUUCCCGGUGAGACAUCAUGCUCUACUGGGGCUUCACGAACAGGUGGAGAUGGUGGAUAUACUAGAGGAGGAAGGACACGUGGGCUCUGCUGAGGUUCCAGUCCUUCAGGUGGAAGCUGCCGAGGAAAACAUCAGCUUUAGGGACGGGAUGUACGACGAGGGGAGAAUAGGGGAGGAAGAAGUGAAGGAGCCGUCUUCCAGAAACGGGAUUCCGUCCCCGAUUCAAGGACCGAACGGUGUCCCUACGGACAUGCUCCAGGAGGAGGAGGAGCAAGAAAAGGCUGAUGAUGGGAAACCGUCGCAGUCUUACCAGGAGGAGAGCAAUGGGGACAAUGCGGUGCACGAGACGAGAACUGAAAGAACCAUGCUGGCGAAGGAGAAGACCUCCUUCGCAGACAUCCCCAUCCCCAGCGACGCUGCCUCGGAGAGUAAUCAGCCCGACAAGGAUAACGAAUCAUUUCCCGAGAAGGACAUUGACACGAAAGAAAAGUCAGGUGACGAUAUUGAACACGAAAGUCCCAUGGCACCGGGGAUCGUGCGUACCCCUAGCCCAAGCCCCCCGCGGCCAGCCUCAAACAAGAAGUGGAUCCUCUCGUUUGAGGAUAGCUCUGGGGAGGAGGAGCAGGAUGACCAGAGGGGACAGUUCCAGGUGCUGCACGCCGCCACGCCGGAGCCCCCGAAGGUGCAGCAGAUCACCAGGGACAUACCCAAAGACGAGAAGACUGAAACUAGUAGAUCUAUUGUGGACUCUGAUGUGGAACAGAGGGACCAUCCGGGUGCUAUGUAUGAUGAACAGGAAAGGAUUCAGAGCGGUUCGUCGGUCUCAGAGCAUGCGGCGUCCCCGCCUGAGCCACGACAGGAGCAGGCGAGCACUGCCUCGUCCGAUCAGGAGGACCGCAGGGCCAGGGAGAUAGAAAUCCACCAGGAGCUCAGAAUAGAGAGAUACGAGGGUUACGUGGAAGAGAAAAUGACCGUCGAGGGGGUCAUUCCAUCAUCGACGUCGUUCAGGGCAACAACUACCUACCCGAAAGCUCAUGACGAUAACAAAGAGGUGAUCCAGGAAAUUGUGUUCAACAGUGGGGUAGGCAGUGCUGCCCACGACACGCCUAGCAGUCGCUCGGAAGCCAGCUCGCCUGUAAGCUCCAGGCUGUCCAAGUCUACAUACAGUGUUCCCGACGAAGGAGACAACAACUCUGCGCAGGGCAGCAGCAAGAAAAGGGACAGCCCCAAGGAGAGAGAGUCUCGAGAGAGCGCGAGCGAGAGAGAACUUUCCAGAACCCCGGAACUCUUCUCCGACAGAGAGGAGGAUGCUGUUGUGUUACAGAACAACCUGCUUCCGAAGUCGAGCCCGAGACAAGAGGAGGCAGUUGAGGAGGCAAUAGAAAACGAGGACGUUGAGCUGCCUCUUUCCAAGGAGGGGAAUAGCAAAUCGGACACGUCGGUGAGCGAGACCGUGGAAGGUCAGAAAACGGUGGUGACCCUUCCGCUGGGGCAGGACCCGAAACCGCAGGACGUGUCGGCCUCAAAGGGUCAGAGGUCGGAUCCCGACCUGUCGCCGACCGUGAAAGCACCGGAGCUGCCGGAAAUGGACCAGACCAGCCACAGCGACCUCAGUACGGUUGUGCCCACCGCUGUGAGCGUAGAGCAAAACGGUUUGGACCUGAAACGGGCGGGGUCCCAGGACCUAACAAGAGCAGGCUCGCAGGAAUUCACCCUGGAAGACAACGGGAAAGACAAGGUGGUAGAAAACGGACCCUCGGGCGAGAUAUUUAGAUCAGAUAGUAUAGACAUUCAGCAGUCCUUACAGGAAGAGGAGGUAGCCACAGUGAAGGAAGUGUUAACAGGUUCAGAACAUAAAGCCACGGAGAAGGUGAUAAAACCUUCGAGGAUCCCUGUUCACAGCCCGCAAGUCGGCAGAAAAAAGCCAGAGCAGAGGAGGAAGCUGCCGACCGUACCUCCCACCAACGCUAAAUCUCAGACAGGUAGACUAGAGAAACUAGGAAGUAGCUCAUCAAAGCCGUCCAAAAUCCCCGUGUAUAAAGGAGAGUCCUCACCACCCAACGACAAAAAUAGCAAAAAGACUGCAGAGACAACAACAACAAAAGUGCAAGAAAACGGCCAGAUCUGGUCGGACGAUCACUCUACACCGCCCAUGUCGCCUAGGUCAAAGUCACUCUCGGAAAGCCCCUUCUCCCCGAGAGAGAGGGGUUCCAGGAAAGGGCGGGAGCUUCCAAGAAGUCCCCGCAGUAGCAAGGACAAUGGAGUACCCGUGAGGAGUCCCCUCAUCGUGGACUCCUUACAGAAGGAAGGGUUGAGUAGAAAGGACAGGCCCAGGAGCCCGCAAGUCACCGCACUUAGGGAACGGGAGGCUCACAUAGAGGACAAUAUCAGUAUUAGCUCCGUGGACUCGGCUACGGACUCUUGGAGCAAGAGGGAGUACACUCCUAGGAGGGGCAGCUCGCCGUCCCCCGUCAUGAGAGGCGGGAUGGUUUCUCCCAUCCUGGCCAGGGAACCCCUGCAGCCGACCUUCGUCCCUGCGUCCGAGCAAUCCGUUCUUGUUCCCAGGCCCCCGCCAGGGCAAGCCCCUGCCCGGGGUUGUAUCUCAGCAAGACGACGACGCUACAAGCCAUCCAUGUCACCCGUGCCAACGCCCCGCGGCCACCGCAUCCGAUCCGCCUCUUCCUCGCCAUCGAGAUCCCCCCGCCACGUCGGACCGCUGCGCCCUUAGGACAGAAUAACCUCCGUCGCCCGCUCCCAUGCUCACCCCCACAGCAGCCACACCAACACCUACAGCUUGUAACAGCCGUGGUCGUGAACCUACAGAAAUACAUUGUGAAGCAAGUUUAAAUUGUAGUUUCCAACACAAGAAUUGGACUUAAUAACCAAAAUUUCAGCUGUACAACUCAAGCCUUUGCUAAGGAAUGACUUAGGACAGAAUAACCUCUGUUGCCCGCUCAUGUUCUCACCCCCACACCAACACCUACAGCUUAUAACAGCCGUGGACAUACAUUGUAUAGUGGUACACUGUGAAGCAAGUUUAAACUGUAAUUUCCAACGCAAGAAAUCGGACUUAACCAAAUUUUCAACUGUGCAACCCCCAUAGCAACCAUAACAACAUCCACAGCUUGUUACAGCCAUGGACCUACAAGUAGUACACUAUGAAGCAAGUUUAAACACAAGAAAUCGGACUUAUAUAGCCAAAUUUUUUACUCCAGUCUUUACAACUCCAGUCUUUGUCAAGAAAUGACAUUGACAGACACUGGACCUGUGCAGUCAAAAAUUCUGGUAAGCCCGGGUUCUUGUGUAGGAAAUUACAGAGUUUAAACUUGCUUCAUAAUGACUUCUACCAACACAGACAAACUUUUAAGAUGAAUACAUUGUAGUACACUAGUUAAGAAGGCAUGCGCGUGCUACACUUUACCAGCAGCUUUUAUUACAAAAGGCUUCCCAAUGCAGGCUGAUGCUGAUAAAACAUUUCCAACACUAGCCCCUUAACACAAUCCAUACAAUAAAAAAGUAGGAAAUCCCCAUUUCAUAUCCUCAGAAAAAGAGUGGCUUCUUCAAAGGACAUCUUCUCACCAACGAAUACUGAUAGGUUUCUGAGCUUUUCAAACCAAUAAAAGCAACAAAAAUCAGUGAUCCUGAGCCACAAGGUAUAUUUAAACCCAUUUUAUGUCCAUCCACAGAGCCAUACUACUGUCAUGUACAGAUUCGUGUACAUUGUAUUACACUCCGGUGGUAGAAUUGAAAUCUGAAAAGAACUGUUGCCAUGCCACCAAAACUGUUUACAAAGUUCCAACUGCCACACCAACAAAUGAAAUCCACUGAAGAGUGAGCAACUUACUUCCAAACUUCUCAGUGUACAUGUAAUCCAGUCUUAUGUCUUUUGAAUCGCUCAGUGUAAGUAACUCAUUUUAAUUUGCCACUGGUGUAAAAUGUAAAGCUUGGACAGUUUUUCAGUUGGAUCUCACAGAUACACAGGCACGCUAGUACUGCUUUCACGCUAACUCGAGUUGUACAAAAUGUGGUGCACCUUGUGUAAUUAAUGCAGGCUCUGUAUGGGUGUUAAUAUGGGACACAAGUGUGUGGGCACGUCGGCUGCUGUAAAUGUUUCCUCUCUAUAUAUAUUUAUUGUCCAAAUGUCUUCCCAAGGCACAUCUCGAAACUGCCGCGCGCGUACGGCGGGGCAGGGCAGCCCCGGUGCUGACGAACGAUAUGCAAUACUACGGGAUGGCAGGAUCAUUUUCUGAAAUGUAUUGCAAUCACAGAUACUCGUUUUCUUUUCAUUUUUUGCUGCUAUAUGACCUUUGGUAUUAAAGAUCAUGUGCCUUGCAAUACACUGCCUUUCCUGCAGUCACCGUGGUGAAAUUAUGGCCCUUGGGAGCAGCAACGUGCUAGACUAUGGGGGAAUUAGAUAUUGUAAUUAUACUGCACUUGUCAAUGUCAGUCCUGAGAGGAGGGCUAGCAUAUUGUGGAAACGUCGGUGAAGGUUAGACAUCCAGGUAAUACGAUAGGCCAAAAAGCAGUGUUACUCAAGCAACUGGAUAUGAUUUUGGAAACGGUCAGACAUUUCAGCUAGCAUCCACUAGCUUAUGACAGUGACUGUGAAACCUGAGAAGAAAUGCAGGUUUACAAGCACAAACUAGUUUCCAAAAUCAUAUCCAGUUGCUUGAGUAACUGCUUUUUGGCACAUAUUGUGGAAAGUUGACUCACAAGAAAAUAACUGGAAAGGUCCUACCAGCAAACUUGUAUGCUAUGCAUAUAUUACGUAAGUCAACAAACUUAUGAUGAAGAGUCCAUAAUACAAUAUUGUACCUCUCUUUCUCAGGAUUUACCUUGACAAGUGCAUAACAUUAACUUGUAAAUAGCAUGCCAUAUUUAUUUGUUGCACUGCACAGUGCCGGUAGCUAUAUGAUAGCAAAUUAAAGUAAUUGUUUUAUAUCCGAAAAAAGGCUACAUGUAUAAAAUGUGAAAACUUUUGCAAAAUGUCAAAUACUGCUUAAUACUAUGAAAUGAUUUAAUUUUAACGUGACAGGUUCACUAAUGGGAUUGUUGUAAUGUGUGUGGUAUGUAUAUCUUCCCAUGUGGUACAUGCUUAAUGUGUACAUGUAAUUACUAAGUAUUUGUAUACAUUACCUGGUUAUAAGGGGUGGACCAGGAUAGAUCUUGCUCAUGUGAAAAUGUUGGUACAAAUUCUUGAAGCUUAACAGUUCAUUUAUUUUGUAUUUAUUUCUAUUAUUUUGCAUUUUUAAAUGCUGACUGUGUUCGGUAACUAUUACUUCUCUUCAGAAUUUUCAAUUCAUAUUUUAUGUAUCAACUAAAUGAAGUUCUUCCUCUGCUUUCUGGUCCACCCCUAACCUAUUUUUUUUUGCUAUUGUUUGUCUUGCCAAAUAUUUGUAAAGCUCUUUAUUUCCAAUAUGCAAAUUUUAUUUUUAUAUUCGACCAUCUCAAUUUCAGCAAUUUUCUCAUACUGCAGAUACAUUGCUGCACACAAGUACUGUUUAUUGACUGUGUACCGUAGUAAUAUUAAUUGUUAGAUACAUUCCAUGUACACUUUUGACAUUCAAGAGUUCAGGCACAAUUCGUCAGCAGCAAACUUCUCCACGUAUAUUUUUCAGCUGCAUACAUGUACAUGUACUACGCAUGUGGACAUGUUUUAAAUGUGCAUAGCUGAUACGACUCAAAACCUGUGUAUGUCGCAAAAAUCUCAGUUGUACUGCAUAUGUGACACUUUUACAGUGUUUUUAAACAAAGUUGACGAUACAGAUCAGUUUUGGACAGAACCCUGUCAGUGCAAUUAGGUUAAUUACAUUUCAGUAUUUCGUUACAAGUCAAAAAGUAACAAGCAUUUUCAUGCCAUGUUUGUCAUGUCACUUGUUUAAAAGUUAUAAAGUAGUCUUCCGUAUUGGAUUAGGUACAAAUGUAGAUCCCAGAUAGCCAUUUUUAUUGAUGUCAAUAAAGUUAUGCAGUGUUCUAAUUUAUAACCAUUUUAUGUAUUAUUUCUCUGUGCCAGGAAAGCAUUUCUGCAACAAUGUUUCUUUUUUUUUUUUACAUUUGAGGCACUCGGUUGUCUUAUCUGGAAAAGACAGAAAUUUGGAAAAUAUAUUGCUGAAUGCUGUGAACUUGUAGAAUGAUGGCAACUUGACAAAUGUGGUUAACAGAGCUCAUCUAGUUUGCAGAAGCUAUAUUUUAUGACACCAACAAUAUUGUUUUUAAUUGAAAUUAAACAGCAGAAACAAAGCACUGCAAAAUACUUGGUAACACAUUAUUACAGUAUAUGAUGUUUCAUGGUGAAGUUCUAAGCCAUGACAAAGUUCUGAACCAGCUAAGGUGUUACAUAAGAAAUAUUGCAAACUUCAAGCCUUCCCGGUCUGACAUGCUGUGAUAUCCUUCACUUGUUGCCACAGUACAGAAGUUGAAGUAGCUGGUUUCAUAUUGGUUCAACAACUGAUUCUGACACCCGAGUCUUCUGCUUAAGGACCCAUGUAACUUAAGCAUGUUGUAAAAUGACAUUUUAUUGUCUUGACUGCAUUCUACUGUGUCCACCAUAGAUCUAAACUACUUUGAAAUGCGUCAGUUACCACCCAACAACCAGGGGUGGAGACUAUAAAGUCACACAAUGUAAUAGAUACCAACAAACAAGAAUGUUCAUGGAGUAUUCUCACCUACUGUACUGGUAAAAUCGAAAAUGUUACUCACCAACUGUAACAUUACAUGUACAUGUAGAUUAUGUGUUACCGCUGCAGUUAGUGGAAAUUUACACAUUGUAAAGGUAACCAAUCUACAAGAAGGCAACACCCGGUGGACACUUUAUAUACAGCAGGACUGUCAACAACUUCUCACAUCGGACAGUAGAGCAUUUUACGCUGCAGCUUGACUGUAAAAGAAAGUUUUGGGACAUUAUUGACACAUGGAUACGUAAUGUCUCUCCCUCGAUGUUAAC